ACUGUGGUCUUCUUCCCUUUAUGGCGAUGCAACAAACAAGGUAGUAAGGAAAUUGACAAAUUAUUCCUUUGCCGACGACCACGAUGCAGGUAUCUUCGCACACCGACACCCCUAUUUCUAGUGGAGGACAGCUGAUAACUCCUGUUGGAAUUAAUGGAAGCCACGCUUCUAACCAGGUAGCGUAUGCAAAUGCUCAGAAACAGUUAAUUUUAGAGAACGUUGAUCCGACAAGUUUAGAAGAAGAGGAUUCGGAUUCCGAUGGGGCCGAUGGAGCGUUUGUAUCUCAAGUUCACCAACAAAUGCAACUUACACCCGGUUUACAAAACAUGGCACCCGUUCUCGCUGGACCUAAGCCAGGAAAAAAGACGAAAGGCAGGGUGAAAAUUAAGAUGGAAUUCAUUGAGAACAAAUUGAGGAGAUACACAACGUUCAGCAAGCGGAAAACGGGAAUCAUGAAAAAGGCUUAUGAGUUGUCCACUCUGACGGGGACGCAGGUUAUGCUGCUUGUGGCCAGUGAAACUGGUCAUGUGUACACCUUUGCCACAAGGAAACUCCAGCCCAUGAUCACCAGUGAGAGUGGGAAAGCACUCAUACAAACCUGCCUCAACUCCCCCGACCCCCCUCCCUUCAGCCCCGGACAACAGCAGGCUGUGGAGCAGAGGAUGAACCCCUCUGGCUUUGAGGAGACAGAACUCACAUGCACAGUUGGGGAGGAGGACUCAAAGGCCGGCAUCCAGGUGAUCCAGGAAGGUCUGACUAAGCAGCCCAUGUACCAGGUCUCCUCCGGUAUGGUCCAAGCUGACCAGUCCACCUACCAGACCACCCAGCCCACUGCCGUGUCCUCUCAGUCAGUACAGUUAGGCACAACACAACCCACGGUCACAAGUUUUGUCCAGCAGGCCAACACUGGACACACUGUCACAGUGUCACAUGCACCACCCUCAUCGAAAGCAGCCACAGCAACUGCAGCAACCAACAUCUCCAUGCAGAUUCCUGCUGGACUUAUCCUCCCUGGUACCCCCAUCACUAUUCCUAUACAGCAGGGACAUCAGGCUGUUGUAACAACACAGCAACAACAGCAACAACAUCAGCAGACAGUGUAUAGGAUACCCUCAAGUCAGCUCGUCUCGGUUGCAGGUAGUCAGUUAAAUACAAGUAGCAGUGACACAUCUCAAUCACCUGUUUCAUCAGCAUCAACCACUCCCUCCAACAUCACCAUGGUAUCGGCAGAUGGACUUCUUCCAGGAUCAGCAUCAAUGAGCGGCAACGCAAUGACCCCCGGGAUUGUGAUGUACCAAACACCCCAGGGUGUGGUGUAUGCCACUCCCACUGCCACGUUACAGGACCGGGGGACCAUCUUCAACUUCCAGCAGCCUGCAACAGCCAUCUCCAUGCAGCAACAGGACCAGCAAGUUGGUAGUGGAACCCAGCAGAUCAUUACAAUUCCAGUCCCCGUGUCACUGGCAAAUUCAGGACAGGUGUUCCACCUUGCAACAGCUCACCAAGAGACAGUGGAGGUGGCGCCCCCUCCUGUGAAGAAAACUCGAAAAUGAAGUCUCGGAAGCCUCAGUGUCUUGUGUUUGGAACCCUUGUGAGGAAGAUGAGCCAUGCAGUGACAGAUGUUUAACACAUGUCGUCACCCUUUGUUACGUGGGAAUGGGGACGGACAAUAAUGUGCAAUGGUUUCUGAUGGUGCCUGGUUAGGUAUGGCCUUUUGCCCGGUGAUAGCCAUGCCUGCCUCUGUAACCAUGGUAACAUCCAAAUGGACCAGGAUUGUUGUUUAUACAGGAUCAUCCGGGAUUGGCAUUUUCCAAAGGUUUCAUAUCUACCUAGGUGGUUCAGACCCAAAGGUACACAGCCUACAUGAAAGAAAUCAUGAAAAAUUCAAUGGCGAAAAUGUGUGAUGUUGCAUUUGAAUCUAAAUUUGUGGUGUAUGUUUCAUGAACUUACAGGAAUUCUGUUCAGUAUGGGAUGUAUCAAUGGUCAGUCCUUUUGAGACAGUUGACCUCAAAGGCAACCCUGGAUGGAUUGGUCAGUUUUAUGUUGAAUGAUUUUAUUGAGCCAUCACAGCAUUCAGUGCAUGAGUCCACUUAGAGUUGUCUCCCCUUUACUACUAGACAAGGUCAUGUGUGAAGCGGAGCCCCCCUGGUCUGUGUGUGGAUAUGUUUAUACCCCUAUCGGGAUAGUGCUUUCAAUGCUUGCCAAAAUACAUAUUGUUAUUUGUCAAGUUUGUACUAACUAUGAACAUUGUUAUGUGAUUUGCAUGAUGAAAUUAAAAACAUCAUGAAUUAGUGCAACGUGCCAUUGAACAUUGUUGAGGUGCUGGCCAAAAAAGUAAAUUUGAUUGUCAUUUUUCCAUUCUUACACUUUCACAGAAUGUAACAUGAAUUAAAGUUAAUCAUGAUUAUGAGGAUGAACAUUAUGUCCUAGGUCACACCUCAGUGUCUCUGGCUGUUUGAUGCUUUUGUGGAUUUCUUCCCUUUUAACAGGUAUAGACUAUGCUAUCUAAAAUGGGUUCAACCACUCAAAUGAACCACUAAACCUGAAACGAAAGUGUAUUGGGAGUUGUAAACUUUAUUAUGGUGAUGUAUUAUGAUGUAUAAAAUUAUGGUUAUGAUACCAAAUCAAUUUUGCCAUUUUGGAACUUGGAGAAGAAAAAUUUGUGUGCUUUUUGUUACAUUGCACCUUCUUAGCCAGCAAAUCUUUAAGUUUGAAUUAAGGAUGACAUCUGCUGAGAAAGAAUCUCAGUGCUUAGCCUUAUUCCUCAGUGAAUUCAUCGAGGAUUCCUACUAGCGCUUCAUGCAUACACACUUAUUGAUUUACAUAUUUACUCACACCUUAAACAUGUUAAAUAUGAAAUAUUUUUUCCAUUUAUUGAGUAUUUUGUAAAGUGGUAAAAUUUGUUAGUGAUUGUCCCGUUCUAAAUUUGUCACCACCUUGACAAAGGUGAACGAUGUUUUGUUGGUGUGCUGUAGAGUGCAUUGGAUAUUGUCAUGGAAAUUAUCUCUGAACAAAAUCACUGGCACUUGACAUCCAAAUUUGAAAAUAUCAUGAUCAUUAUUUUUCAACAUUACGUUUCAACUUGAAAGGCCUGUACUGUCUUGUUGUCCAGUGCCACGGAAAUCAGUGUUGUAAGGCGUUGUCUUGAUGACAGUACAGUGAUGUAAUAUAUAAGUGCCUCUACUGACCUGUUCCUUAUAGUGAAGGUAUGUGUCAGCUUAUCACUAUUUUAGCUCUAUGCACGUUUUCACAAUUUGUCUGUGAGAUUGCUUAUUUAGAUGAGUCAUGAGUAGAUGCAUGCACUCUCAAAAUACAGUUUUAAAAUACCUCUGAAUUUAUGAAAAUACAGCUUUAAAAAAAUCCACAUUUUUAACAUGUUUAACAAAAUAAGGAUUUUUGUCCCCAAUUUGCCUGUCAGAGACAAUUAAUUUGAAAUCCUUGAUAAAUCCUGGUACUGUAUUCGACGUAAUAAGCGCCCACGGCGAUAUUUGCUAAUAUAUUGGCUAGUGAACAAUCCCAAUUAGCACCCCUUCUGAUGAUUCAGUGUACACAAGACUUAUUUAUUUG